AAAAGCCAGGCCAACAGGCUAACAGCUCGCAAUCCAAGCUGCGCCUUCGUACGCACCACAGCUCCACCCAGGCCACCGAAACCCUCCGGAAGAAAAUAAGUUUUUGAACAUGAAAGCCUCGCUAGCCAUUGUGUUCUGCGUGGUCGCCGGCUUGGCAGCCGCCGCUCCUGACAACAAGUACACUAGCAAGUUCGACAACGUCAACGUUGACGAGGUUCUCGGCAACGACCGAGUGCUGAACAACUAUCUUAAGUGUCUCAUGGAGAAGGGUCCUUGCACGCCGGAGGGACGCGAGCUUAAGCGCCUCUUGCCCGACGCCCUGCAGUCCGACUGCUCCAAGUGCACCGAUGUCCAGCGCCGGAACUCCGAAAAGGUGAUCAACUUCCUGCGUGCUCACCGGGCGGGAGAGUGGAAUCUGCUGCUGAAGAAGUACGACCCCAACGGCGUCUACAGGGCCAAGCAUGCGCACUAAACACUCCACAUAUCCACAGUUGCGUGCACUCAUUUCAUUUAAACCUAAUUUAAAUCAGAGAUCCACAGUAAAAAUGUUAGUUUUUUAUACCUAAA